AUCCAACCAUCGUAAAAAGUGCUCCACAUGGUUCCGGGGGUUAAUAAAGGCCUUCUGAAGCCAACAUAUGUGUUUGUGCAAAAAAAAAAUCCACAUUUAAAACUUUAUAAACCAUACGUGCGUACGACAGUUAGCGUAAGAUAGAGAUUACGGUUUAUAAAGUUUAAAAUAUGGAUAUUUGUCUUACACAAACACAUCAGUUCAUAUCAGAAAGCCUUUAUUAAUUCCCCGAAGUCAUGUGGAGCACUUUUUAUGAUGGAUGGAUGCACUUUAUAGGACUUUAAAAUCUCGACACCCAUUCACUGCCAUUAUAAAGCUUGGAAGAGCCAGGACAUUUUUUAAUAUAACUCCGAUUGUAUUCGUUUGAAGGAAGAAGGUCAUAUAGACCUGGAAUGGCUUGUGGAUGAGUAAAUCAUGGGGCAAUUUUCAUUACUGGGUGAAGUAUCCCUUUAAGAGCAUCACUUUGCUUCUGUGAUGCCAUGAAAACUGAGAUUGAGGAAAUAGCAGGAUGUUUUGUUCUCACUCAUGCGUUAGGGGUUUCACGAAGUUUUUAUCUAAUGUAUUAGACAAUCAACAACGAUAAGAAUCUGUUUUCUGCUAGUCUCAAAAAAAAAAAAAAAGGUAAAAAAGCUAUUCUUGGGCUGAUAUCCUUCCAAAAGGUGCUAAUAUGUAUACUUUUGAUAUUAAUUAUGUACCUUCAAAAUGCCAAUAUGCAAUUUGACAGGUAAAAGAGGUACAAAGGUGUAGCGUUUGGAAAAAUAACACCUCAGUGACAGCUUUUCUACAAUUAUCAUUUUUCUCUUCUGAGUGUUUAGAUGUUUUAAGAAGGGCAUUUGUUUCUACCUGAAGUUGCACAUUUGGUUAAUUUAUUGCUAUUUUUAUCUCAAAUCUGCUUAAUGUGCCUGAGAUGUGAUUGUGUUUUUCAUUGUUGAUACUGAGAAAAAUAAGAUGAUAAUAAAGCUGAAAGUUUUUGGUUUUUUUAAACAGAGAUUGGGAAGGAAAAUAAACUUUUUUUCUCUGUAUGUUUGUGUUUUUGUAUAGCCAUCCUUUAUUCCCGCAAAUUUCCAUAUGCUGAAUGUGCAUUUUGAAUAUAAACAGCCAGUUUCCCUUUAGCAGGACAAAGCUUUUCUGGUUUUUUUUCGACUUUAAUGUAAUUUCGUCGCAUUAAAACCAAAGAACCAUCCUUGAAAUGAUGCAUCAACACAAGCUCUCAUGAAAUCCAUUUCACAAUGCUGCAGUCACGCUGGAAACCCUCCAGAGACUCUUUGCACGCAGCUGGUGUUUAAUAAUUUAUUCAGCACAGGUUAUUCUAAAGAUAUUCCAUUCAUAUCUUCUUUCUCACUCUCAAGUCAGGUGCAUUAUUGUUUCCAGUGCUCUUUAUACCCUGCAGAUUUAUCUGCGCAGUAAUUACAUUGUGUUCCAGGAUAGUUCUGGACAUAACAGCCAAACUAUUGGUUGACUCUGGCUUAGAUCCGGCUGAUUUGUUCUUGGGAAUUACAGGCUCGUAUCAGGAGGCAGGGCUGUUGGAACCACUCAAGAAUGAAUGAAGCUGUAGUUAGUGGGGUGAGAAGGUUGAGCACCAUCUCAGAGCAGGACGUGGAUGCUGCAGCGGAGCCCGUGUCGUCGGCGUCCCCGGGGGACAGUGAGUGGACAGGAUCCAGUGCUUCGCUCUGCUCGCGUGGAAAGCCCAGCGCCCAGAGCAGCUCCCUCACUUCUUUUGAGUCCUCUCAGCCUGAUGCCGCAGAUGACUGCGCCUCCAUCCUGCUGGCUUGCCUCUACUGCCGUUUCUGUGACAUUAUAGCCAUGCUGCCCGACACUUGUGAGCGGGCGCUUGGCCGCUGCUUUCCUUCUUACAAGUAUUACAGCACCUCGGAUGAGGCGUCCAAAGGAAAAGACUGGUGCAGCUGUAACAUGGAUUUUGACUGUAGUUUCAUGAACUCCUGUCAAGAGGCCAGUGAGCUGCUUGAGCUAGCAAUGGAGAUUUCUGAGGUCUGCUACCGCUAAAAGCCUCUCAACUGUCUGUAGAUCAGAACAAAUCAUUCAGGACGGAGAUUCUCCAUCUGUGCUUGAUUCCUGAUUCCAUAAAUGACUCUGAGUUACAGUUAUUCAGUGUCACAAAGGAUGAUUAUAAUUUCUUGCAGGAGAACCAGGGUAAAAUGUCACUUCUUGUUUUAGGCAACCAAAUAAAGCAUGUGACAGCAUUUUCAAGAUGAGAUCAUUUAAUUUAUGGAAAGUAUUUUGUAUCUAAAGUUAUGAUUUAGUGACAAUUAGGAGAAUUGUCAUACAAAUUACUGUUUAGUUGAUACUCUCAUGUGCUCUGAUGUGACACCUGAACCAAAAUGUGAAUGUCUGACAUAUCUGUUGUUUAAAGCAUGAAAAAAUGGUCAGUGUGGGUAAGAAGAGCCAGUGGCCACCUGUAUGACACAUAAGUGAAUGCAACAUAGUAAAAACCUUUAAAUGUCUUUUUGCCUUAUGUCUUUUGAUUUGUCUUCUGAAUAUGCUACAGAAAGGAGUCAUAAAACUCAGA